UCACUUCACAUACACUAUCAGUCAGUAUCAUCAGAGGUCUCUGCCUGACCAGAAAUAUGACCAGCUUUCAUUUUUACUUCUCCGUCUGUUUACUGCUGCCCACCUUGAACUGGCGCACAUCCACGGGACUGCCGGUGCCAAAUCUGAGCGCAGACAACAAGAACUGCGCAUCGCUCUUCAAGAGCCUCCUGCUGAAUGUCGCGGAGCUUCUGAGUAGUGAAGAUUUAUGUCAUGGCUUGAUCCCAUCCAAUGAAAUGACGAUGUGGAGCUCCGACACAGUCCAGGCUUGCGCACCCAAUCUGACUCAGAACUCCAGUUGCAUGAUGCAAAGAAAUUCAUCCUUCAGUGAGAGUGAAUGUCUGAGGAGUAUCAUAAAAGACUUGGCCUACUACAAGGCUUCAAUUCAGCACUACCUCCAAUCUGACCUCAACAUGCGGGACAAAGAAGUUCCACUUCUGACACCAACUGUGGAAAUAAUAGAGGCUCUAAUCAAGAAUUGCUCCCUGAUGGCAAAUGGAGAGAACAGCUUCUCAGAGACGGUCGCUGCCAAUAUGUGGAAAGAGGACUCCUACAAAAAUAGGCAGAAGAUGUGUAAGAUGAUGAGAGGCUUCCAUGUUCGUGCCAUCACCAUCAAUCGAGCUAUGGGAUACAUCUCCUCAGGAGAUCACAGGAAAUAAACAUCCGGAAGCCUCAUCAACAUUACCAUCACUCCAAUAUCAUAAUAACUCAUCUCCUUCAAUUCAACAAAACUUAACAAGCUAUUCACUACCAUCGAAACUACUAACUGUGUGGUGCUCCUCACCAACCAAGCUGCAAAUCUUAUGGUGCAGGUAUAAGCUUACUAUGUUGAUUCCAGCUUUUUCUCCCAGUUAGAGCUGAGGGUCAGUCAAACUGUUGCUUAGAUUAGCAGUGGAGGCCAUGUUGGCUAAUGCAUGAAUGUAUUCCAAUAUUUGGGGGAAUGUAUUUAUUUAUCUAAGUCUAUUUAUUUAAUUAAUCUAUUUAUUUGAUGACAUG